AUGAGGUGGCGCCACGCUGCACUGCCGGUGUGCGAGCGUGUAGGAGGCGUGCGCAAUUGCCAGCAGGGCUCCGGGUUCCAGGUUCCAGGCUCCAGGCUCCAGGCACCUGCCCGCGGCACAAAGGGCGUGUGCGGCACCGCCGCCGCCAGAGGUGAAUUAGUGGCCGAGUCCGGAGGUGGAAGCAGCGGCUGGACCCCGGGCCAUACUGGCGGCGAAGCCGUCGCGCCGCCCCCGUGGCCGACGUCAAAAAACACGCCGGCCAGCAGCGGUGGCGCCGGAGCUUUGCGGGGCGGCCGCUCGCGCACAGUGGCGCUGCAGUCGCCCGCGCUGUCACGGAAUAAUAAUAAUGAAAAAAGAAAUCGCGCAGGACGGGCGCAGGCCUCGCGCGCGGCGGCGAUACGAGAAGCGGCGAGUCUGGGCUCGUCGCUAAUUGGGGGCGGUGGCGGAGGCGGUGUGGCGGUCGCGCCGCCCCCGAGCCCGCAAUCAGCCCCCGAAAGGCAGCGCCGCCGGCGCGAGGUGACCAAAUCGAGUUACCGCCAGCCGCCCCCGCCCCCACCUCCUCGCUCUUCACCCCCUGGUCCUUCUCCUUGCGAACAAAAGGAGCAGGCAGAAGUGGUGCGUUCGUUAGACUUUGGGACCUCCCAGCAGGCCGGCGGAGCCAUUGCAGCAGUGGCAGGUGGCCUCCUCCCCGUGACGUCACGACGCCGCGUCGAGUGUUUGGCCGGCGCGGCGCGGCCUCUGCAGGCGCGGCGAGGCGGUGGCGGCGGCAACGCCUCCCCCUUUCCGGGCCGGCGACUUGUUAAAAGUGGAGGGGAAAGUCAACACGUGGCGCCGCCCUGGUAA